GCGAGAGCAGGGGAGGGGUGGGAACGAAACAACCGAGCAAGAAAGCAGUUUCCCCCUGAAACGAUCACGCGUCGCAAAAUCCGAGGGACGGGUUUCCGCCGCUCGCCGUGCCGUCACCGACUGCUUGCGUUCGCGCCGAGCCGCCAAACAGUGCCAUGGCGAAGGCUCCGGGCGGACCCGUCGGGGACCCGCUCCUGGUUUCCACCUUCGCGCUGAGCAGCACCAAGAAAAGGCUUAUGCUCUACGAGAACGGCAUUAGCGUCGCCGAUGUCAGCCAGCAUAACAAAUCCGACGACGACCUAUUCAUUCCUCUGUCGAGGGUCGUGGCCGCCGAGGCCUGGCCCUGCUGCAGCGGCGGAUGCAGCCACACGCGCGCCACCAGCAAUGGACGAGCAGCGCCGCCAGUGAGCGCCAGUGCCGCCUGCCUCGUGACGUCGGCGGCCGAUGGGGGCGGCACGGCGACGGCGACGCCGGGCUACGAGGGCGGAGGCCGCGUGUCCCUCGGCGACCCCGCGCUGAGGCUUCACGUGGCCAACCCCGUGCGCAGCCACUCGUGGUGCCUGCAGACCCUGGUGCUGCGGGGCGUCUCGGGCAGGAGCAGCGAUCAUGCGCUGGCACACCGGUGGGCCGACGCGGUGCAGGACAGGCUUAGAGGAGUAGACAGGCCACGAAAGCUGCUUGUGUUUGUUAACCCUUUUGGAGGUCGAAAACGAGCACCCAUCAUCUACCAACGCAAGGUGGCACCCAUAUUCCAAAUGGCUGGCAUCUCUGUGGAAUUAAUCACGACAAGGUAUGCGGGUCAUGCCAAGGAAUGCCUUCUUGAAAUGGACCUAUCUCUCUUUGAUGGCGUCGUGUGUGUUGGCGGUGACGGCAUGGUCAACGAGAUCGUCAAUGGCGUGCUGCUGAGGGCGCAGCGCGAUGCCGGUAUUGAUGCAAACGACCCGAAUUCCCGGCUUCAGCCGGGGACGAUCAAGAUCGGUGUGAUUCCUGCUGGCUCCACGGAUGCUCUGGUUUGCACCACAACGGGAGAAAACAGCCCCGUGACAUCAGCACUCCUCAUAGCAAUGGGUGCUGAAAUAGGUGUCGACGUUGCGAGCAUUCACAGCGGUGACCGCCUGGUGCGGUACUCAUCGGGAUUCCUGUCUUAUGGCUUCUUCGGAGAUAACAUCAAAGCCAGCGAAAAAUUUCGCUGGAUGGGACCAUUGCGAUAUAACUGGACUGGCUGGCAAACCUUUCUGAAGCACCAUGUCUAUGAAGGAGAAAUGAAGUUGCUCGUGCAGCCAGAGACGACCGACGCUAAUUAUGACCCCGCAGGCUCUGACCGAUGUCGAGCAGGAUGUGAGGUAUGCCAUGCAGCACCAGGUGACAUCCCACUUCAAAUUCUCAAUAUCUCGGAUGGCGAUCUGGAAAAUAAGCCCUACUGGCUAGGCAUCCAAGGCCACUUCCUGUCAGUCAGCUGUGCUCUCAUGGCCAACCGGUGCGCACGUAGCACAGCGGGCGUGGCUCCCACGGCUCACCUCGGCAAUGGUCUCAUGGACGUCGUGCUGGUCUCGCAGUGCUCACGACGCAAUUUUCUCAGGUUUCUCGUCGCCCUCGCCAAUUCUGAAACGUGCAGCCCAUUCAAGUUUCCCUUCGUUCACUGCUUUCGAACAAGUUGCUUCGAGUUUGUGCCCAAAACGCCAGACUCUAGCGACGAAGGCACAGUCAAGCACACUGGCUCCUGGCAGUGUGAUGGGGAACUGCUCACAGACGCUUCAUUGCUCGUUAGGUCUCAUCGCCAGUUGCUCAAGCUGUAUGCGCACGGCAUUGAGGAGCGGGACGAGUACCGGUCGGACCGCUGUUUCUGUUCUUGCCAGUAACGCGAGCAGAUGGAAGUAGCAUGUUGCAGCUACAGCUGAUCUCCGAGUCGGUGUGCUCUGUGAGCAACCACCCAACUUUCUCAACUUUCAUUCUGUCUGUUCGGGAACAGACAGAAUGAAACAAAGACAAGGUGCCGUCUCGUUUGCGCAUCGCUCUUUUGUGUCGGCUCUCUUUGGGUGCUCUUGCAUCUGCGUUGUGGUGUUGAAGCUGCCCUUGGGUAUGAAAUGACAAGUCAGAACUUUGCCCUACGAUUUGCACACCACAGUCUUGUGAACCACCAGAGACAACAUGUUUAGAUGCUGCAACGCACGUGCCCGAUUCGCAAUGUGGGAGCUACGCCAUAAUGCGGAACGAGACACACUUACUUUGUUCAAAAAUUUUUGUGAGAGAUUGUGUUUACAUAGGGUUACUGGUUACCACUUGUUAAAGAUGGGCCCACCAGGUAGCGUGCAGGACGCCAGCAUUUCGUUGUUUUGGCCUUCACAACUUGCUUGCAAAGAACUAUUUCUUGAAUGUGAUGUUACUUUCCAUUAAGCUGCUCACGUUGGCACUUUUAUGGGAACAAUAUAUAGUGGUUAUGAGCUGGCCUCAAUGCCUUAGUUGCCCAGGUUUAAUCAUUCAGAUUAGAUUUCCAUAGAUAGAGCCACAUAGCUGUCAAACAGCAGAAAAUAGUCGGUAUUCUUAGUUGUGCUAGUGACCUUUGCCAAACAGGUACCAAACAUAGUCUCUGCAGUUCUAAGUGCAUGUUAGCAGCAUACCAUAGUGCUUGACGGCACCCAUUACGUCUCCAUUAGCAUGCCCUUGUAGCAGGAGAUCACCAUGUGUUCAGCAAAUAUAAGACAUUUUUUCUCCCCUUCGAGAGAUCUCCAAGUGACCGGCAUGACGAAUGUGUGGCAUCUUCUCGUCGAGACAUUCCAGAGUGCAAUCUUUUCAGGCCGCGAUGUCAGUGGGACAAAAGAAACGCUCAGACAGAGGUACAAAAUGUGGUUGCUCGGAGCGAUAUUGCAACGCGUUGUUUAUCGCCGUUAGGCACGUUGAGGUUGUUCUUAUCACCGCACAAAUCAUUUAUAAAUGCUUUUUAUUAUUGUUGUCUAUAUUUGCUUCUCCUUAAAGACCAUUGCAAAAGCACAGUAUAUGCAUUUCGAGAUUAUAUGACCAGCAGUGAAAAUUCGCCCUGCGUCUCUUAACCACGCUUAAGUAUUGAACAUUACGAUAUGACAAACUUGCAAUUACAAACAGGUAUUAGCGAUAAUUUCCAUUUAGGUGACUGUUUUGGUGCAUCCCUCACCAGACUAAACAAUUACUUCCACAGAAAUACGCGGUUUGGCCUGUACGCUAUUACUGAAGAUACAAUGUCAUUGGCAAACACGUGUAGUGCGUUUUUCGUGGAUGACUCCAUUUUCUUCACGGUAUGCUUUGCCUAGUCCUGAUGUAUUGUGUGCACAAAUUUCUUUUGGACUAUGUUACCGAGGUUAAUUUUUUGAAGAUGCACACAGUGGCUUGUCGCCAUCAGAGACUGUGAUAACAUAACCGUACUUUUCUUAUGAGGAAUGUGAACAUGUGAUAAUCCUUUUUUCUGCUGCGUCCACGACAAGGCAACCUUUUAUACAGUAUGCGAUGGUUUGUCAUUUUCAAGCCACCGAAUCUUGUCUUGUGUUGUGCCAGUUCGAGUUCUCACUGUUCUGUAAAUGUUUUAAUAAAGGAGUGCAAGACUCGCAAUGACUCAGUAGUUGUUGAGCAGCCACAUCUCGUUGGUGUUAUUGAAUGUAGAAAAUCAUGAUGUUGCCAUGUUUGCCUUUUUGUACAGGUGUGUAUAUUGUACUUUAUGUUGUGAAGGGGGCCACUCGUGCGCGAGAGGCUGGGUCGUAUGCAGUUGCACCUAUGAGAAGGUGUGAAACUGCACAAUAAAGAUAUACAAAACCA